GUAAAGAAAAAGAAGUAGUAGAAGCUGUAGGAGUUUUUUGUCAACAACGUUUAACGAUUGUUUAUAAUAAACAAUAAUUGUGAUAAGUUGAAAACAGUUGAAAACAUUCGUUCUGGAGUUUUAUCCGAAAAUGAGUGCUAGUCACAGGUCCGUUCUUGUCGAACUGCGAGAUGAUUUCGCCAGAGUUAGAAAACUAGUGGACGAGGACAGUAAAAAAGACCCAAUCAGUGAACCUUACCGCUCGAAAUAUGCGGCUAGCGUUGUGUUGACAGACAUGAAAUCCAAGCUGUCUAAAAUACUCGACGAAGCGAGCGCAAAUGAGAAACCUCGGUUUAAAGCAAUGCUUGGCUUAGUGUGGCUUCACCUGGGUACGAUAUCUGUUGACACGGAAGAAUUUUCUACCGGAGAGGAACAAUUAUUGAAUUGUUUAUCAAUCCUAUCAAAAGACGUACAAAAGCGGGACUCAAUUCUUGCGUUAUUGUCGGCUUUAAACCAGCUCGGUAUUUUAUGGUCACAACGGGACCAACCAACUAAAUCUAAGGAAUAUCUAGAAAGGGCCGAAAAAUUGUACCAAGAUUUCGUUUCGAAUAAUUCUUCAGACUGUCUUACCUUGCACAGUUUGUUCCAAAUCGAUGAUGAUUCAGAGGACGAAUUGCUAGAUACUGAACACACCCUUGAAAAGACCCACACACUCACGCUUUACUAUUUGGCUCAGAUAUACAGCAGUUUGAACGAUCACUUGAAAGCAGCUGUUUACUGUCACACAACCUUGAAAAGGCAACUGGAAUUCAAGGACUUUGAUCCUGUGGACUGGGCCGUGAACUCGGCCACUUUGUCGCAGUACUUCAUGGAGAAGAAUGGCUUCAAGCAAGCACGCCAUCACCUGGCGGCCGCCUCCUUUAUCCUCGAUCAGUACAAAGACAUGGAGAGCACUGAAGGCAGCACAGCGGACUCGCUGGAAGCAAAGCGGGAGAGGUUCGCUCACCGCAGCGCCGACGUGGCGCGCUGCUGGGCCAAGUACGGGCUGCUGCUGCUGGCCGGCUCCAGGGACCGCCUGCUGAGGAGCGCAGACACGGACACGGACGAGGGGCCCCCGGCCGCGCCCGGCCAGGACCUGCGCGACGCCGUCAUGGGCAGCGGCGUGUCGCAAGACGAGGUCAACGAGCUGUGGUUCACGUCCCUCGAGCUGUCCAGCUACGAGGAGCAGAUCACGGACAGUCACGUGCUGACCUUCGAGGAAGCCCGGGAAGUGUUUCUGAAGACCCAGGCCUGGCUCACCACGGCCAUGGAGUACUACUCUCUCGACGGGUUCGCGUCGGACUACGUGCAGAUUGUGCAAGACCACAGCCAGUUGUUCAAAGUUCUAGCGUUCUUUGAGGAAGAUGAAGAUAGGCAGAGCCGCAUGCACAAGCGCCGUGUGGACCUGCUGGAAGGCGUGCUGCGCGAGCUGAGCGCGCAGCACUACCUGCUGCUGUGCCGGCAGCUGUGGUUCGAGCUGGCGGAAGUGUGCUCCGACAUCCUGGACAUCAAGCUGCAGAAGCUGCAGGGCUCGGACGAACGCCCGUCGCUCCACGCUAUCCGCAAGGUCAACCACCUGACAACGCAGUCCAUAACCUACUUCACCAAAUUUCUGGAUUCGUUGCGGAAUAGAAGCACGGGGGAGAUGCCCUCCUCGCUCAGCGAGGACGUGGAGAGGCCGGCCCUCAUCGCCUACUUCCGCAUCGGCCGCCUGCACAGCAAGAUCAUCUCCUCGGACAAGGCGGUCCAGGCAGACAGCAUCAGGAGCAGCCUGGAUGCCUUCUCGUUCGUGGCGCAGUACUGCGCCCGGCACAAGGCGGCGCGGGAGCAGCUGCGGCUGGAGGCGGCCGUGUGCGAGGACAUGGCGAAGCUGCUGCCCUUGAAGCUGCAGCGGCUGCAGAGGGAGCUGCAGGAGCACUGACGGCUGCAGCUGUCAUCGAGCGCACGGGACUCUCGUCUGCGCACGGGGCUGGGGCCCGGGAUGCGUCCAGGGUGGUCGCUCCGGCUCGCUCUCGUCUCCGGGAGAAUGACUCGAUGCGUGCCGCGGGGAGCUCCUUCCAAGAGUCUGCUCCCCUGAAGACGGCAGAGUCCCCGGCCUCGGAGCGGCGGCCGGAGCCCAGCGCCGGCUUUGAAUACAUAUACUGUAUAGAAGUCGCGAGUGGAUAGGAUUUACUCCACGUUUUUCAGGGGCGCAUGAUGAGCGGCUUGGGAACUUCACCGCUGCAGGCGCGCUGCCGUAACGCCCUGCAUCGUCUUAGGUUGUUAUUUGCACGUUAGAGCGCAGCACUGUCGCCCGCUGUCAUUCCCCCGCACCCCCCACCGAUCAUUCACUGCAGCUGAAGGUCGUUCAGCAGGAGGGGGAAGGGGUGUUUGAAGAGUUAGACACUUGUCCGCCAGGGACCACCACAAGUCGAUGCCCUGGAGACGGGGGCGAUUGCGGCGGUGAAUUAACCAACUACCUCAAAACCGUAUUAGAAAUUUUAACCUGGGCUGGCGACUUCUAUACAGUAUAUAUAUUCAAAGGUGCCGGCGACACUGUGCCCCGGCCUGAAGCCGUUGUGAGGACUUGGCCGCGUCGGAGCUGUUUGUCGUUAUCGGAAUUGAACUCAUUCUGUUCUCCGUGUAUGCUAGUGUUCGCUCGCCUUUGAUACUGUUACUGCUCAACACCAGGCGAUUGCUAGACACAAGAAUUUGUAAACUUUUUUUUUCAGGCCACUUUCGCUUUUUAAAACAGGAGAUUUUAGUGUUAUUUUUUUUAAUUUUAAUUUUUUUUAUGAAAUAUGUUUAUUAAAAAGCAUAUUACUGAAAAAAAUUUGAUAAAUUUUUUUGGACUGAUACUGAUACAUGAUUCCCUUUUUCAAUAUAAUGAGUUGAAAUAAGCAUUUAUAACUUUUUUUGGAACAAAUAUAAUAUAUGUUAAGUAUUUUUUUUUGUUUUGAAAAAUUUCCUAAGGUUGUAAUGUAAAAAAAUAAGUAAUAAAUAACAGUUGCAAGAUUUAAAAAAA